UAUCUGGAAAAAAUGUAGAUCCCAUGCAAAAAAUAAUAAUUAAUUAGCUUUGUUUGUGUGAAGCUAAAUUCUGUGGAAAAAGAAAACUUUCAAAGGACAAAGUUUUGAAGAAAAUAAACAAGAAUUAAAAGGAGAAACAAAUAAAUCUGAAAGUGAAGGAUAGAGCUGUAGAGAAAGAAAUUAUCGAGCGAUGUUAUAGCAUUGUAGAUUUUGAGAAUGUGUGCACUUUUCAUUUCGAUUAAGUGAGUUGAGUUGAGUUGAGUUGGGUGGCAAGUGGAAAAUAUCAUACAUUUAUUUGUAUAAGUCUAUAUCACAUAAGGAAAGAAGUAAAGACCUUUACAUAAGGGAAGAAAUUAUAAUUGAGAAGAAAAAAAUUAUCUGUGUGGAUUUAUUCUCAUAUAUGCCACAUUCAAAAAAUAAAAUAUUGAACAACAGUUAUGGAAUCAAAGGGAGGUCCAGCGGGUGUUUUUCCGCAUAGUAAAUUUAAACCAUCAUCAAUCCAUAUCAGUCAACAAUCCCAAGAAUCAACGACUGGCACAGUAACAGCAGCCACAUUACAAGCUCCAUUAACUCCCCGUAUUGACAUUAGUCGUGCAUCAAGCUCAUCAUACCAUGAAGAUAGUUCACCCGAAAAUGUCUUUGAUCAGGUCGGAACUGGAACGUUACAAGAAGCAUCUGGUUGCUUAGAGCUUUUCCAAGAAGAUGCUGACGAGUUACGAAGUUCCACGGAAGAAUUAUUUUUCAUGGAAAAAGAAAAAGGUCAAACUGAGUGUGAAAAACCCUCGUCAGCGCAAGUCCCACGAGCUCCGAUGAUAUUCAAGUUUGAUGAAUCUCAAACUUUACAACAGCUUACUCAGUAUAAUCGAAAAGAUUCGGGUAGUUCUGAGGUAGCAGCAUUUUUGAAUCCAUCAGGUAGAACAAGUAGAAUUUCGAGUGUUGGAAGCCAAGGAUCUGCUGUAAGUAGAUUAUCGGGUGUUUCUGGCAUUUCACGAUCGCCUUCUCCACAUAAGAUGUUAGUAGAGACAUCAUUUUGUGGCCCAAAACCAAUCGAACCGACUUCUGAUGCAGGUAGUAUUGAGCAACUUACUGCUGAUAUCGAAAGUGUUAUUUUAGCUAGAAGAGGAGAUCCAACAAGAGUGGCUCUGGCUGAAGGUGUAGAAGUAAAAGAAAUGACAGCAAUAAAGCCUCAAAAAAAGACGACUAAGGAAAAAAUUCAAGAAAUUUCAAACAGUUCAAUGACACCGGCGGAAGCAGCUCGAGCCGCAGCAAAAGAACAAAGAAGAAAAGAGAUUGAAGCAUUAAAAGUUAGGUUGAAUAUAAUCAAUCAAAAGCAGUUAGAAAAGACAAAACCAGGCGGUGUCAUAAAGAAAGUUAUUGGUGUGACAUCUGAGGGAACUGAAUAUACUAGAAUUAAAUUAAAACCUGAUCAUUUAUAUGAAGACAAUGGCAUAAGUCCGAAUGAGAAAAUAAUUGAAGAAAAAGAAUUUCAAGAUCCUUUAGAGAGAAAACGAGAGAGAUUAGCAAAAAAGGAAGAAAAUAAUCAACUUAGUCGUAAAAGCCCAUCGACACAUGCAACAGACAAUCGUUCACCGUCACCAGCAUCAACAUCAGUAUCAAGAAAAAGUUCAUUUUGUUCAUUUUUUAAAUCUAAAGAUCCGACUGCUGAUACAAUUAAAUCAAAAUCGACAACAAUACCAUCAGGCAAGAAUAAAUUAAAUGAUAAAUCACCCAUUCCUUCGCCAAGUAAGAGUAGUUUUAGUAGUAGAAUAGCAUUCACAUUAUUCAAAUCUAAUCGCAAUCCGUCUCCUUCCCAAUUAAUAGAACCAUCAUCUUCUGUACAGGAAGGAGCGACUAAAAAGAUAGCAUCGCAAUCACAUCAAAAGCAGUCAAUGAAUCAGAAAGAUAAACCAAGAUUAAGAUAUUAUGAUGCGCCUGAUGUAAUUUUUAUACCAUUACAUACACCGCCGGAAGAAAAAGAGUUUAGUGCAUUGAAAAAGAAGACGCCAGAAGUUGUUGAGAAAAAAGAAGAAAUCGAUGUUAUCGUGGUAGCUGCUCAAGAGGAGAAAAAAAUGCAAACUCAAUCACAAAUAACAUCGCAUAAUCAAACUAUACUUAAUGUAAAGCCAAAAAUUGCGCCCACUGCCCAAAUAGAGAAAAUGCAAAGUACCGACGAACUCGAACUUCAAGAGUUGCCUAAUCGAAAGGUGUCUGAGGAUCGUGAUGCAGGUUCGAGCUUAUGGAGUGUUGAAGUUCAACGACACAGUUCUCAAGAAAGUCAAGAGACUGUCAUAUCUUCACAACCAAAACACGAAAAUAUUAUAUCAAAAAAUGGAAUACCGGAGAAGCCUGUUAUUCCGUCAUUCAUCGAUACAAUAAAUGAAAAUCAACCAUUAAAUCAACAGAAAGCACGUCAUAAAAAGCAUAUUUUAUUUAGUACAAAACUAGGUAGUGGAAGCGAAGAGCAAAUAUUCUGUACUCAAUUGAGUCUAUCAAAAACUGAAAGUCAAUCAAGUCAACUAUCAGAACAAGCAUCAGUAUUUGAAAGUCCAAAAAACGAAGAAAUCGGAACGAAGAUGUCAGAAGUUACCCGAAACACUAUGAAGCAUCAAUCAUCGAGUGAGGUAGAGAAGGUAACAGCAACAUCUGUGCGAUCUCGUUCCGAUCAGAGUGACUCAGGCUCACGACCUCAAUCUGUUACGAGGAAACAAAGAAGUUCAGGAGAGUUUUCAAAAAAGAGAGAAUCGUCUGAAGAACUUUUACAUAAAAUUCCACGUGACAAAUCCAAGGAAAUAAUAAUAACUACUCAAGUAGGACAUUAUCAACAAGCAUCUCCGACAUCUUAUGAACCACAAACCAUACAAAAAACUGAAGAGAAUGUUUUACAUCACCAAUCAAGUGGAUCACGUAUGGAAAUAUCGUCAGAAUCAGAUAGAGAAUCUGAUAUUGACGGUUGCAUCCAUAAACGUGUAUCAAGACUUAUGGAAGAUCACGAAAGUGCUGGUCUAGUAUUACAAGAAUCAUUUGAUGAUGAAUUACCAUAUGUUCCCACAACAUUACCAGAGGAGCGAUCUAGUGGUAUUAAAAUUAUUCCAACUAAGGAACGUACUCAAACGGAACUUAUAACAAUACCACUUGAACGUCCUCGCUCAACUACACCCAUUCAUCCCACAUCAUUAGACAAUUUCUGCGAAAAGAAGCCUAGUGAUAUAACUGAUGCAAAUCUUGUUAGGGGAGAAAAGUUGAGGAUAAGUUUGCCUCGCCACAAACCGGAACAAAAUAAGGAAAAAGUUCAACCAAAAGCUAUGACGAGACGUACGUCAAAUCUAUCAAAUAAAAGUUGGACAGAGUUUGCGGAACAAGGGAUACAAAAUACAUGUUCAAAGAAAAGUGAAAGAACUCGUAAAGAAUCAAACUCAAGUCAAGAUGGUGAACAGCAUAACGUUCAACCACAUCAGCCACCUGUAGGUCCAAUAGUAAAAUCUCAUUCAAAGAAGUCUCUAACGAGUAAAUGGAUUGAUUUUGAAAACAUUCCUGAAAAGCGACAACAACCGAAGAAAAUUACAACCAUUCCAUUAAAUAAGGAUAUACCGAGUGAAAAAAUACACAACAGUAAGCAUAGUCAUCAUCAACGACACUAUGUUUCGCCAGAGGAAUGUCAAUGUGAGUGCCAUGAAUCUAAGAAAGAAGCUGGAGAUAAUAAUAAACAGUCGGUUAGUGAUGAAACUGGUAAAACUCCAUCUGAUGACUCUCAACCAUUGCUUGAUGAUAAUGUAGAGAGGCACAGUACGAUGAGCACUGACUCAUCUUUAGAUUGCAGUUUAGAAAAUGAUGAAUCUAAUGAAUAUAUGCUACAACAAGCUUCAAACCUUACACCAGUUCAGAACAAUAGGGCAGCUAGUAAUAACAAUUUAGAUAAGCCAUUUGGAAUGGAUUUAUCUGUUGAAUUCGGUGGACAUAGUAAUCGAUCAAGUAUUAUCUCACAGGACAUUAAAUCACCCGAUUUGCAUAAAUAAACAUACAUUUACAUCCAUAAAUCGCUUCGUUAUUAAGUUUAGUAAUAAUGAUAAAAAAAAAGAAUAUUAAUAAUCCUAAAGAAUAAAUGAGAAUGAGUAUAAAUCUUUAGAUAAGACUUUCCCUUUUGAAAAUAAAACCCAGAUUAAGAUUUUACUAAGACGUGAAAUUUAU